UAUAUAUAUAUGUAGAUAUAUUUUUUGUAUAUUAAUAUAUCACAAUAAAUGUUUUGAUAAAUGGCUUAAAUUUUAUAAUUAAAAAACUGUGACCAAGAUGUACUCUGCAAAACAUUCUGAAGUUGAAAAACAACUAUGAACAUGAACUACAUCAUGAGACACUGUUUUUGAAUCACCUUCACUGUAAUUUUGACAUUUCUUACUUAUUGGUCGAUGUGUACAAAGACAUCUGCCCCCUCUCCCCUUCCUGACUCCAGAACCACCACAGUUAACACUGAUAAACAAUGAAUUGUUCACUAAACACCUACUUUUACUGCCACACAUAAAAUGUAUUCACUUAAGGUGCGGUUGGGUUCAGCCAAUGGACAUGUGAGCUGUGUGUGUUCCUCAUUCCACACAUAUGGACAUUGAACUAUAGGAGCGAUGUGGCUCCUUGUGCCCGGUGUGUUUAAUAUUCACCAGCUGACUGAUCACAGAUCAGGUCACAGAAAGGAGGACAUACACUGGUGCCACUGGGAUUACUGGACUACUGGAUACCUGCUCAACCUGCCGCUGAUUCCACAUUAUGAACAGGACAUUUAGAGGAGCUAGGACUCAAACAGAAACUAUCUGUAAGUGAACUUUGUGGAUUGACUGGGUUCUGCUUUGUUGUUCUGCCUACUGUGUUUCCUGCUUCAUGCAGCGACAAAAUGUCCUCUCAGUCAGAAAAGGAUCUGUCCUGUCCCAUCUGCCUUGACAUCUUUAAAGAUCCUGUUGUUCUAACAUGUAGCCACAGUUUCUGUGAAGACUGUAUGCAGAGAUGGUGGACAGAGAAAGAAAAAAAGGAGUGUCCAGUGUGUAAGACAGUACCUUUGCUGAGUGAUCCUCCUCGUAAUCUGGCGUUAAAGAACCUGUGUGAGUCCUUCGUACAGAGGAGAGAUCAGAGAGCUUCAGCAGGGUCUGAGCCUCUCUGCAGUCUGCACUCUGAGAAACACAGACUCUUCUGUCUGGAUCAUCAGGAGCCGGUGUGUGUUGUCUGCAGAGAUUCAAAAACACACAACAACCACAGUUUCAGACCCAUCGAUGAAGCAGCACAGGAUCACAGGGAAGAGCUUCAGAAAUCUCUGGAGCCUUUACAAGAGAAACUGAAGCUCUUUGAACAAGUUAAAGGAAACUGUGAUCAAACAACAGAACACAUUAAAGUCCAGGUCCAGCUCACAGAGAGGGAGAUUAAGGAGCAGUUUAAGAAGCUUCACCAGUUUCUACAACAGGAAGAGGAGGCCAGGAUCACUGCUCUGAGGGAGGAAGAGGAGCAGAAGAGUCAGAUGAUGAAGGAGAAGAUUGAGGCUCUGAGCAGAGAGAUAGCAGCUCUGUCAAACACAAUCAGAGCCACACAAAAGGAUCUGAGAGCUGAAGACGUCUCAUUCCUGCAGAACUACAAGGCUGCAGUCAAAAGAGUCCAGCAGUGUCCCCUGCCGGAUGAUCCAGGGCUGGUUUCGGGAGCUCUGAUAGAUGUGGCCAAACACCUGGGCAACCUGACCUUCAACAUCUGGAACAAGAUGAAGGAGAUGGUCUCCUACACUCCUGUGAUUCUGGAUCCAAACACUGCUCAUCCAGACCUCAUCCUGUCUGAAGAUCUGACCAGUGUGAGACAUGGAGAGAGACAGAAGCUUCCUGACAAUCCAGAGAGGUUUGACCAUCACCCCAUUGUCCUGGGCUCAGAGGGCUUUAACUCAGGGUCUCACAACUGGGAUGUUGAUAUAAAACAAGAUAAAUGCUGGGCCCUAGGUGUGGUAGGAGAGUCUGUCCAGAGACAGGGAAAAAUACAGACUGGAUUCUGGGAAAUAUGUCUCCUGGAUGGAAAAUACAUAGCAGCCUCACCACCACUCACAGAUAAAGUUCUGUCAGUGAAGAAGAAGCUCCAGAGGAUCAGAGUUCGUCUGGACUGUGACAGAGGAAAGCUGUCGUUCUAUGAUCUUGAUACUAACACACACAUACACACCUUUAAACACACUUUCACUGAAAGGGUGUUUCCAUCUCUUGUCGACCCAACACAACUCCCACUGAAGAUAUUACCUGUGAAAGUCUCUGUAACAGUGGAACAGGACACGGCCACUGUAUCAACAAGCCUAUGGUCAGUUUUUUAAAUUAGCUAAGUAUGCUAUGUACUAUUAUUUUCAGUUUAAGUAAGGCUACUCAGAAAUGCUAUCACUUGGCAUGUCAGUGAUUCU